AUGGCGUCUCUCGACAAGCCACGGCAUGUCAAGUACUGGCAACGCUGCUUCACCAGCUAUCUCCCUUCGGCAUACACAACCAACGACUCCACCCGCCUUACAUUCGCAUUCUUCAUUGUCUCGGCCCUCGAUUUGCUUUCUGUGCCAUUCACCUCGAAGGAGCGCUCAUCCAUUCGUUCCUGGGUGCUGAGCCUGCAGCAUCCCGACGGCGGUUUCUGCGGCAGCCCAACCCAUGUCAUGUCAGGGCAAGAUGCGACAAAGGGGUCAGCAAACCUGGCUACAACUUUCUUCGCCCUACUCUUGUUAGGCGUUGCCGCCGGAACAGACGACGAGGCAAGAGCGGCUUUUACAGGCGUACAGCGGCGCAAACUUCUCCGGUGGGUGACGAAAUUGCAGAGACCGGACGGGAGUUUUGGCCAGGUAUUGUGGGAGGGAGAGGCUGUGGGAGGGAGAGAUACCCGUCAUAGCUACCUGGCGAGUGCAAUUAGGUGGAUGCUCCGUGGGGAAGGGGAUGAGGAGGAUAUUGACGUUGAGAGGAUGGUUGAUCACAUACGACAUACGCAGACGUACGAUGGUGGCGCGGCAGAGUUAUCGCAACACGAGUCUCACGCAUUAUACAUGCUCGAUCGCCCCGCAUCAUCAACAGCGCCACAUAAAAGCGAAGCCGUCGGCAAAGGGGUACCAGAUCGCGAUGCGUUGAUUCACUUUCUUGUUCACAGACAGUUCAACUACCUCGUUGAGCAAGAGCAAGAUGAGUCUGACGAGGGAGAUGCGAAUUACGUGCAGGCCAAACUUGGCGAUCUGAGCUUGUCACAUCACUGCGCCCACGUGGGAUAUAAUGGGCGGUGGAAUAAAAAGGCGGAUACUUGCUAUUGUUGGUGGGUUGCCGGGACCCUUGCGAUGGUGGACAGUUUUCACGCCGUCAACAUCCCCCCUUCUAGGCAGUACCUUUUGGAUGUCACACAACAUCGAAUAGGCGGCUUUUCGAAACAUGCCGGCGGGCCGCCUGAUUUGUAUCAUUCGUAUCUGGGAUUAGCGGCGCUGGCGCUGAUGGGUGACACUGACUUGAAGGAGUUUGAUGUCGGGCUGUGUUGCAGCAAGGAGACGGUGCGGAAGAUUGAGUUGGCAAGGGCUGGCUUAUUCGGGAACAGGAAGGGUGACUUUGACGGCGAUGGAUUUUGGGAGAGUAUUAAAAAGGCGGAUUAA